GUAGGAGCCCUGGAGGCGGGAGUGGGGAGAACAGUUGGGUUUGGAGGCGGCAGAGACAGCCAGGCUGCCGAGGAAGACCCCCUUCCAGACUGCGGGGCUCCUGCUCCGGGACAAGGCGGCGGGCGCUGGAGGCUGCCGCAGCCUGCUUGGGUACACGGGAGCUCAACUCGGGGGAGCAGGCGACCAGCACCAGCUGGAUGGACCUGGAAGCCUCGCUGCCGCCCCCCAGCCCCAAUGCCAGCAACACCUCUGAUGGCCCGGAGAACCUCACUUCGGGCGGGUCACCUCCUCGCACAGGGAGUGUCUCCUACAUCAACAUCAUCAUGCCUUCAGUGUUCGGCACCAUCUGCCUCCUCGGCAUUGUUGGGAACUCCACGGUCAUCUUUGCGGUCGUGAAGAAGUCCAAGCUGCACUGGUGCAGCAACGUCCCCGACAUCUUCAUCAUCAACCUCUCAGUGGUGGACCUCCUCUUCCUCCUGGGCAUGCCCUUCAUGAUCCACCAGCUCAUGGGCAAUGGUGUCUGGCACUUUGGGGAGACCAUGUGCACCCUCAUCACAGCCAUGGAUGCCAACAGUCAGUUCACCAGCACCUACAUCCUGACUGCCAUGGCCAUUGACCGCUACCUGGCUACCGUCCACCCCAUCUCCUCUACCAAAUUCAGGAAGCCCUCUGUGGCCACGCUGGUGAUCUGCCUCCUGUGGGCCCUGUCCUUCAUCAGCAUCACCCCCGUGUGGCUCUAUGCCAGGCUCAUCCCCUUCCCGGGGGGUGCAGUGGGCUGUGGCAUCCGCCUGCCCAACCCAGACACUGACCUCUACUGGUUCACUCUGUACCAAUUUUUCCUGGCCUUUGCCCUGCCCUUUGUGGUCAUCACGGCUGCAUAUGUGAGGAUCCUACAGCGCAUGACGACCUCGGUGGCCCCCGCUUCUCAACGCAGCAUCCGGCUGCGGACAAAGAGGGUGACCCGCACCGCCAUCGCCAUCUGCCUGGUCUUCUUUGUGUGCUGGGCGCCCUACUAUGUGCUGCAACUAACCCAGUUGUCCCUCAGCCGCCCGACCCUCACCUUCGUUUACCUGUACAACGCGGCCAUCAGCCUGGGCUAUGCCAACAGCUGCCUCAACCCUUUUGUGUACAUCGUGCUCUGCGAGACCUUCCGCAAGCGCUUGGUCCUGUCGGUGAAGCCAGUGGCCCAGGGGCAACUCCGCACCGUCAGCCACGCCCAGACGGCUGAUGAGGAGAGGACAGAGAGCAAAGGCACCUGA